CGCCCGCGCGCACCCCGCCCACUAAUGGCUGUCAAUCACGAUCUCGACCACCGGAACAGAUAUAAUAUUUGUAAAUUUUAAAUAGUUUAAAAUUAUAUUUCUGUAAAAACAUCUUUAUCCAAUGUAUAUUAUCCUCUAGAAUAUAUUCUCUUUUAAUUUACCUUAGAACUAUGUUAAUUCUCUCGUGUAAAUAUGUGGUGAUUUAGCAUUUUGUGGUGAUGCCAAGAUCUAGUGUUUAUUAUUCCGUGAAACCUAAAAUAAAGACGAGAAGACAAUAAUUCAGUACCUGGACGCGAUUGUAAAUAAUCAAGGCACAGUGUGGACAAUGGUAAUCCCAAGCCGGCUCUAACGCUAACCGUGGGCUGCUAAGGGUAUUCGUAAGCCCAGUGCAUCUUCCUGGUUAUGGCUGUCGAUAAAGUUUCGUCGUAUUAGUCUAUCGUCGCCUUGGGCUUGUUCACUACAACAGACAUAAGUCCAGAUUGGCUAGAUGCAUUUCUGGAUAGAUAAACGCAGCCAGUGUGCAUACAGUGGCCGCCAUCGCGUGCCCUCUUCGUUAUCUGCUGGUGUGGGGCGAUCACGAGGGCGGGUGUGCGUGGGCGCGGGCGGCGGCCGCAAGGGCAUGGCGGCGCCGGUACAUCGCUUCGCGGCCGUAGACUGCCCGCCUCGCCGCCCGCAUCGUUCCCACCGCCACUAUGGGGCUCCGCCGAUGCCCCCCGUGCACUCGAGCGGCGCGCGGCGCGCGGAGGCGCUGUACGUGGAGGUGCCGCCGGAGCCGCAGCCGCAGCCCACCAUCGCCAGUCUGGCCGCCGCGCGCAGCGUCACGCCCGACACGCUGCUGCGCACCGCCGCUUUGGGUCUCCACCACACGCCGAUGAUGGCGCCACAUCUCAAGUUCGGUAUGCUGGUCUCAUUCGCGCUCGCCACUGUCUUCUUGGCCGGGGCCAAGUAUUACUUUGACAAGCAGGUGGUCCGCGACAACUCGAGCGGAGGGGAGGCGGGCGUGGUGUGCGCGGCCGUGGCGUGCGUGUGCGGCGUCGGCUGCGCGCUGUCGCUGUGUCGCGCGACACGCGACGCGCCGCCGCUGCCGCCCGACCGCGUCUCCUCCACCGCGCAGCGCGACCUCGGGCCGCCGUCUUCGUCCCCUUCGGACGAGAUCUCCCUGGCGCUGGUGCCCCCGCGCCCCGCGGCGCCCCCUCCCCCCACAGCAGAGGCGCCCCCGCCCUACAACAUCGCAGUGUUGAUGCCCACGCGGCAGUCCCCGCCCCCGCCCGCCUACAGCGCCCUCAGCUAGCUGCCGCCCGCCCAGCAGACAGAGUUCAUCAUAUAGGGGGAGAACUAGGGGUGAGGAUUUACGAUUAUCUCAUGUUUUGAACAGUUAUGUAGCAUUUGCACGAUCGAUAAAGAAAAAGCAAUAAAUUACACAGUUCUUGGGAGAUUUUUCUCCCAACUCAUUAUCUUUUGUUAAUGUCAAAUUCUGGCUCUGUCCACCCCGUGAAGGAUAAAGACGUGAUUUGCGUCUCGAAUGCCAUGACUUGAAUCUCAUGGUUCAUGUCAAACCUCGAAAAGUGGUUUCAAUUUUGAAAAUUUCAUCGAUAAAUUAGAUUAAAACUGCAAACGGUCGUGCAAAUUUUGACUACAAGUUGAUAAGAUGCAUAAUGCACAUAGAUAUUUUGAGGAGUACUGUGUUUUAGUAUCAUUUGUAAAGCACAAAAUUUUACAUAUAUUUCACACUGACAUAGAAAACUCUUCAAAAUAUCUAAUGAGUAUUUAAUUUCAAUAAUUUCAACACAUUUAUAUAUUAUACUUUAUUAUUAUAUAAACACAGAAUGUAUUGCAAAACAAACAAUAUGUGAUAGUAAUUGUAUUUUUUAAAAUUAAUGUCCAACAUUUAUCUUAUAUAUACAGGGUGUUACAAAACACCUAUAUACACAUGAAGUGGUGCUCUGGGUAGAUCCUUUAUGCGGCUACUCGUAAGAUGGUUUUCGUAUUCGAUACAGAGGACGCCACUGACAACUAUUUCUCAUAAGUAAAUAAAUAUAUGGCAAAAUCACACAGAUUGAGCUAGCCCCAAAGUAAGUUCGAGACUUGUGUUAUGGGAUACUAACUCAACGUUACUAUAUUCUAUAACAUACAUAUAAUAUAUAGAUAAAAAUCCAAGACCCAGGUAAAUCUGAAAAAGAUAAUUUUCAAUCAGGUUAAUAAGUGUUUAUAUUAACUUAAAACUUCUCAUAAAGGAUCUACUUGAAGUAUCUUACCGCUCUGUAUAUAUAUAGGUAUUUUGUAACACCCUGUAGACAUGUUUAAAAAUUGUUUCUCAAAUUUUAUCAGUAAACCUGACCCUCCUCUGUGUGGAUGACUUUGCUCUGUGAGGCGCAUUUAGUACUUAGAGUUAGGGUGUAAACACUACCCAUACGGUCUGAGAAUUUUGACUGGCUGGUUUUAUGUUAGUAAGAAAACUUUGAAUAAAGCCAGUAUGUAAUUUACCAAAUUCUUUGGCCAAUAUUAUUGCUAUCUCUUUCGUUCGUCGUGUAUGAUGAAGAAGAAGAAAUAUUGAAUAUUGACUUAAUUUUAAUGUAAUGCCACCAAAAUUGCUUCGCUAGAUACGUUUGUCGAGUUUUGACGAGAACGUAAUAUUAGACGACGUCACAAUAUAUUUGGAAUUACUUUACGAUGGAGGCGCGUUUCAUCCUUACUUAUUAGAUAACUUCUAACGCGUCGUGUCUGUUCGCGAAGAACAAAAAAAAAACUACAAACUACUUUUUACACGGAUUUUCAUGCGGUUUUCGCCAAUAGACAGUGCGAUACCUGAAGAAGGUUUAGGUGUAUAAUUUAUAGAGCUUUUAUCCGAGCGAAGCCGGUAUGGGCCGCUAGUUUCCCAUAUAGUAUUUUCGAUGUGAUUAAUUUCCCGCGAAAAUUAGUGCUAGCUCACAAUAAACAAAUCAAUUAGAAAUAUUCUAUACUUGUCAAAGAAACCGCGAAGCCAGUCAAUUUUCCUAGACCCUACGGAUAUUAUCGAAACUGUAAUUUGUAUUUUAGUCAUAGAUAAGGGUUCACAUAGAUCAUUUUAUUCCCUUCAUUGAAUGGAUGAUCCGUGCCAAGUAGAUCAAUUGUGAUGCGCAUGAGUGUACGAAUGCGAGAGUAGAGACAGAAAUCUAUUUAAUACUCUUUUUAAUAGAGAAGAAUGAUAAAAUGAUCUGUGUAUGCUGCGGUCCAAAUUUACAUACUGUAGUAACGAAUUUAGUUUAAAAAAUUAUAAUUUUCUUAAUACUCUUUCACACUAUUUAGUAAAUCUGUAAGAUCACCUAUAAUUGCAAAAUUCGUAUUAAUUGUCAGCCACAUUACUGUUAGCUGGUAUUCUUGUAAGCUCCGACGCUCUAUGGCUGAAGAAGUAACCGGGAAAACGAUUAUACGAGAUAUUUUUUUUUUUUGUAAAAUAUUUAAAUUUGGAUUUCUGAACCCAUAUAAAAAGACUAAGUCCUAUAUUCAUUUAAAAAAAAAAACAAACAAAAUUGAAUGGUUGUUGAUGUGUGCGUUGUUGAGAAUACAGGAAAUGCGAGCGCACGCCACUUCCGAAUUGUUGAGUGUGAAGAUGAUAAUGACUUCCUUAGAUGUAACGGCACCAAUGAGAACAGAAAUGGUUCGAUCAGUCAACAUGAAACGCUUUGAUCUCAUCCAAAUUUGGCUUUUCAUGUACUCGGUCUUACUGUAUGUAUGUAUGUAUAUAAGUCUCCUAAACGCUGUAAAGGAGACAUUUUCUUGUAAUAUUUUUAUAUAUUUUUCGUUUAUGUGCAUAAUGAAAUUGAUGUUAAUUUUAGCUGUUAUUAUGAACUGUUUCACCUCUUUUUGAUAAAAUAUCAUAUUGUAACCUGACAGAUAAACUAACUGAUUAGUUAUUUGCCAGAUAACCUUAUCCAGCACUUGAGAAACAACAUUUUAACACUGUUUGAUAUGUUACAGAUAGGCUAUCAGAUACUUAUCAGCAAGCGGUAAAACAAGUCCUUAGAUUGUAUAGUCAAUUUAGGGGAUUGUAAACAGGGACAGUCGAGCACAGGUCAUAUAUUUUAUUUGUUUAAUUUUAAAGUAUUUGGGACAUUUUAACGUCCGCUGUUUUUUCGGUUCUACACUUUUCGGUGAUAAAUCGUGCGAAAGAGACGGAACGACUCCGUCGCGGAUUGUCUAUUUCGGUCACACAGUCGCGGGCAGCGGUCGCCCGUAGUAUCUACACGUUGCAUUUAAAAUUCUUUAUCCUGUUUAGAAUUAUAACCUAAUUGACGUAAGUUUUAUUUUGUUCCCAUCGUUUUGGUGAAUAUGAAUUUAUAUGAAAUAAGUUUCUGAAUGAGAUUAGAUAGAUUUUAAUAAUUUGUAUUGGUAUUUUGUACGCGAUUUGUAUAAUAUAAUCAACGCGUGUCGCUCGUAUCGACAUUUAACGAAACGACCUCUUAAUACAACUGAAAAGGACGGCGUUAUAUGCGAAAGAGAGAAAACAUUAUCUUCCGAAUAACUUCUAUAUAUGCUAAAGCGAAAAGGAUAAUAUAUUAAUAAGUACGGAAAAAGAGUUUAAAGUCGGUUCGUUCAUAGACACUGAUCUCUUUUUGUAAUUCACACAUUUUUGGUCCUGCUGCCUUAUAUACACAAACUACACACACAAUUUUAUAUUAUACUAAACAAUCUUAGCUCUUUGGCUGCCAAAUAGUAACGCGUCAAGUUGAAUCGAUUUUAUUAAUAUUAGCAUAACGCCCAAUUUAGCUUGACAAAUCUGAACGGAUUGUUUUAAACUAAGACUUCGUUCGUUGCCAAUACAAAGAAAACGAAUGACAUCAAGCUGGCGUGUCCAAAUGAGAUAGAACAUUUUGACGAUGUGGGACAAAAUAUGUUAGCGAUUUGUCGUUAUUUAUUUAAAUUUGAGUGCGUGUGACCUUUAUAUAGCCUGAGGGUCUUACACGCAAGCUCAAAAAUAGUAUUCAGUCCUCUUGUAUCAUCCGACCUCCUAAUACGAGUUUAUCUUGUAUGAGCGAGCAGUUUUCUCUGUCUAAAGCCCGCAAUACAUGUUGGCCGAGCCUUGCCUUGAACGCCCAAUAACAACGUAUAGACGAUAUAUUUCCCUUGUCUUGUUAUUGGUCGGCGUCGCUCGCCUAGUUGGUCGAGUGGAGGCAAGCGCUAACGCGUAUACAACGCUUUUGGCAUCGCUUGUCUCGACCCGCCGUCUCGUUAUCAUUUCCAUCACACUUUGAGGCGGUGGUAGCCCAGUGGUUCCGCAUGUGAUCGAAAGGUCACACUUGGAAUCCUACUCGUGCCUCCUACUAUGCCAAUCUGACUCGUGUAUAGUAGUUUUCAUACACCACCACUUGCUUCCGGUGAAGGAAAACAUCGUGAGGAAACCUGCACAUUGGUGGACGGUUAAGAGGGCUUAGUGCGGGUUUGCAUUUUACUCAAUUUUACUUAAGAACCAAUCACAUUGCGGUGUGGUUGUCGUUGCGUCACAAUGGCGCACUGUGUCUCACUUCGAAUCGAUUCGAUGGUGAAAAAUGAAACGCAAACCCGCACUAAGCCCUCAGUUCACUAGUGUGUAUGCGACUAUUUACUACUAAAUGUCGGUGGUAGUCGCAAAAGUCAUGGCCUUUAGACGACUUGAAUAAAAUCUGACACCAGUGUUAGCAAUAGCACACUCGAUAUGACUUGAACUGCAUCAUUUCGCGACGUUGUCGGUUUUUCAGCACAAAUCAAGAUACGUGCGUUCGCCCAAUGGUGUCCACAUGUUGCGUCCAUAGGCUCACGUUGGUCCAAACGUCCAAACAUAUAGACAGUAGCGCUUGGCUUGUGUCAUUGCCAACGUGUAUUGCAGGUUUAAGGUUUUUUUGUAUUUUUUUUUCAUAAGAGUGAAUGAGAUAACCUUGAAAGAAUGAGAUAACGUUGAGUGAAUGAAAUGCGUCCAAGGCAGCUGGGCAGUAUGUGUUUUAAAAAAAUCGCGUCGUUAUAAUAUAUGUAAAUAACAAUAUACAGUGUUCAUUAAUCAACAGAUAUCUAGAAUUACUCCUAGUUUUGUAUUCGAUUUAAUGCAAAAAAGCAUAAUUUUAAACCCCAAUAUAUUGUAAUUAUGUAUAUGUAUAAAAUGUUUAGCAUAGUAUGUACACAUAGGGUGUCGUCUGUGUAUAGGGUAGUUGGUCUUGUUCACCGGGCGAUAUGAGUUCAUGUCGUGUCCUUAGCUCAAAAUAAAUUGACACGAAUUUGUAUAAAACCUAAUAUUCUUUGUUCUAUAAGUUUUCUAUUAGCUGACAGGUGGAAAAACGAGAUUUUUGACGAACUAAAUUUUUUUAUUGCAACACUAAAUUGAAUGGUCGUGAUUGGUUGAUAAACCCCGGUGUUGCCAACCAAACGAACACAGCGCCCGCGUUUUCUAUUGUUUAAAAUACAGACUAUAUGUACGUUAUAAGAGCAUUUGGAAAUCUAAGUGAUGCAGAUUAAAGGGAAAAUAUGCAAUUUAAUUCCUUCACAUUUUCUUUUAAUCAAUUAUAUAUAUAUAAUUGAUUAAAGUCUGUCAAAAUAAAUGAAACUGUGUCCUCUUUGAUGGCACCACUGUGUUUAUUAACCAAUCUUAAUCAUAAAAUGUACCUAGUUCUUGAAAAAUCCGUAUUAUCCGUUUACAUAGACAAUGUGGGUAUUUUAAACAUAUUGCACGGUGAACAUUGAUUUUGCUGAAUAUCUGUGUAUAUUAUAUCAUAACCUAUUAUGGUCGGUAUUCUUUACUUUUAAUUAGUUUAAGGGCUUGUUUCAUCACUAUCUGAUAACAUAUCUUAUUGGAAUCUGCCAGAUAAUAUGACUGCUAGAUAAAUCUGCCUGAAGUGAUUGGUAUAUGUUACCAAUAGGUUAUCAGAUACUUUAUCAGCAAGUCCUAAACUAAACAGGCCCUAAAUAUACUCAAAUGUCGGUGUAUUCUAGUGCUAUUUUUUUUAAAUCGCCCGAUUGUACUAGUGAUGUAACUUUAUACCGUAUAAUCCAUGAUCUCAUUAGUUUUUUAAUCUGUUGUUUACUAAAACUCUUUCACACCUUUUUUGACAAGGACAGCAAUGUUAAAGCAGUAAACGCACAAGAUCGAUGUAAGUUAUUUUAUUAUGAUAGCAUUCGAUUGGCGAGUCAAUAUGGCAGAAGAUGUGAUAAGGUAUACCUUAUUGAUCUUGUGGUUGUGUGGAAAAAGGGUCGAAAUGUGUAACCUCCAGCGAACGUAAUUUUACUCAAAGGAAUAGCAUUUUCCUUUAAUAAGAUUAAUUUUUUUUUAGCCUCUCGUUCUCUGGGUGUGAAUUUGAAACAUUCCACCGUUUUUAACCGACGUCAAAAAUUGAGGUUUUCAAUGCGUCGCGAUUUUUUUUAAAUAAUGUGGAUACGCAACUGCCAGUCAUAUUGUCAGCAUUUUAAUUGAAUAUUCAGAGAAAAACAACGGAGAUCCAUUCGGUCUUUUCUUAGUAUUAUUACUUUUACUUUGAUCUCGCCAAACGAAUUGGCAUUUAUACCUUCACUUUCCUUGUACAAUGUCUACAUAAUUAAACCUAGUCAUACGCAUAGUGAUUUUUUUUUAAGUUCGCGUAUUUUGAUUCUUGUAUUUUGGUUAUUGGUGGAUCCCGAUAUAGAACUCAAUUAUUUUUAUCUGACGCUUAAUCAAAUAAAAAUAUUACGAUUA